AUGUUGGAAGAUGAGGAUGGUGAUUAUGAUGAUGAACUUGGUUUGCUUGAUGUGCCUAUUACUGAGAGAUUGAGUCAUAGAACAGAUCGAGGAGCAGGAUGGCGACAUGUUCAACAACUUAUGUAUGAAUCUGAUCAGCAAUGUUAUGACAUUCUUCGAAUGAACCAAAAGAAUUUUAAAGCUUUGUGCAAGAUGCUAGCUGAGCGAUAUGGAUUGAAAGAGACUCACCAUGUCUACCUUGAGGAAUCUGUGGCGAUGUUUCUCGAGACUGUUGGUCAAGAUAAGACGAAGCGGGAUAUUGCUGCAAGGUAUCAAAGAUCAUUGGAUACGGUCCAACGGAAGCUUGAUGAUGUUUUGAGUGCUAUUCUGAAGUUUGCGGAGGAUACAUUAAGACCACAAGAAGGCGAGUUUGGAAGAGUGAGUCCCGGUUUUGAGGAAUGA